AUGAGAGAGUGCAUUUCGGUUCAUAUUGGUCAGGCCGGAAUUCAGGUGGGCAAUGCCUGCUGGGAACUUUAUUGCCUCGAGCAUGGCAUUCAGCCUGAUGGGCAGAUGCCGAGUGAUAAGACCGUCGGAGGAGGGGAUGAUGCUUUCAACACCUUUUUCAGUGAAACUCGUGCUGGAAAGCAUGUUCCUCGUGCAGUUUUUGUAGAUCUUGAGCCCACUGUCAUUGAUGAAGUGAGGACCGGAACAUAUCGUCAACUUUUUCACCCUGAACAGCUCAUCAGCGGCAAAGAAGAUGCAGCUAACAACUUUGCCCGUGGCCACUACACCAGUAAAUAUUUUUCGCCUUUUUUGGUCCUUUUUAUUCUUCAAUCAGGUUAA